CGAAUUCGACGCUUCUCUCCCCUUUUUCACCUUCUAUCAAGCAAAAUCUAACAUCCCCCUUUAUUGCUAUUUAUAUAAACCUGGUUACCACCACCAAAUAUCUUCAUCUAGAUUAUACCAAGAAAAAUGGUACCGGCGGUGAAUCCAUCUAUGGGGGUCCGUUCGAGGACGAAGAUCUCUCGCAGCCCAUUGACGCCCCGGGGCUCCUCGUCAUGGCCAACCGCGGUCCACACACCAACUCGUCCCAGUUCUUCAUCACCCUCGCUCCUAGCCCACAUCUUAACGGCAAGCACGUCGUCUUUGGCAAGGUCGUCCGGGGUAUAGAGGUCGUCAAAGCUAUCGAGGGUGUACCUACCGAUGCAAAGGAUGUACCCUUGAAGAAAAUCGAGCUCGUUAAUUGUGGUUCUGACUCUCCUGGAAGAGGUGGAGGUGACGGCAUUGACCCUCUUCUCCAAGAGACGGAGGAAGAGUAUGACUUGCGGUUGGAGAGGGAAGAAAAGGAACGGAUAGAGGCGCGGCGGAAGGAACGAGAGAGAUUGGAGAGGGAGCGAGCGAAGGAAGGAAGACUUGACGAGCAGACAGGGAUCCGCUACAAAGACGAUGAUGGCAUAAAUUUGGAUAUGCCAGUGUGGACGUUUUGGCGUUCGGGUACUGCCGUAGAGUUACAGAAAAUAAAUAGUUCUUUCUCCCUUUUGCCUCUUUGGCUUGCUCUGAGUUGGCGGCAGGUGGAUUGGUGCACCUUCCCAGCUUUGGCUAGUACGCCCAGCUCAAUAGACGAAAAUAACUGCGAUUACCCAAAACCCUACCAUCCGAAUAGCAUAAUCUCCGGAAAGCGGCCCUGA